AUGAGGCAUCCCCAGGCCCCUGCACCAAAUGAAGAGCAGAAGUGGGUGUUGACCCCCUCCCACGCCAGUCCCCACCCCUGCCAGCACCCGGCCUCACCCAGCUCCGACCUCGGCUGUCUACCUCGCAGACCUGGAGACCAGCUCCCUGAACUGCCUGCCCCUCCACCCCCAACAGAAUCCCCAAAUGCUUCACGUCCAAACACCCCCGCGCCUGGACGCUUCCCCGGGGAUGUCCCUGCCCAGAAGGCGGACGCGGCUGCAGAACCGGCUCUUCCAGCCUCGGCCCGGUUGAUAUCGGGGCCGUCAUCCUUGCUGUGGGCCCGCCUGUACACUGGGGGGCUUUAG